AUGCAGGUCAGAGCGACAGAUGUUCCUGAAGGCUUUGUGGAGGAGAAUGGACGUUUAGUUCCCUUUUGGUAUUCGAGGACGGGCCUCAUCAUCAAAUGGUCAGUCUUUCUUGGCCUCAUCGUCAUCCUAGCGGUGUACUCGACGGUCGGCUAUAUGCACGCCAAGAGGAGGAUAAGAAAGGGCCUCCCACCAUUGGCAUACCAUAGGUGGCUCAUCUCUCGCGCCGAACUGGCACGCGUCGAUCCGCGCUACGCCUACCCGCAGUCCUCCUACACAACCUACCGGCCUGAUUACCAGGGGCAGUAUUACAACAUGCAGCCUAACAUGCCGCCGCCACCGCCCAUGUACGAUCCUGCCGGCCGUCCGCCCAUCUAUGAUGGUCCUGUAGGAGGCACUAAGACGGCCCCCUCGCAGUGGACGCAAGGACCGACGCCCCGCCCCGCGGACGAGGAGUACGGCUCUCCCGAGGGGCCCCCGCCUGCGCAUACCGCAGCCUCGCCUGUUGCGCCGCAGGGCACAGGGUCUUCGAAUCCUUACCGGCUGUAA